CGGUCCCAAAAUGGGACGCAAGCUGGUCACCUUUCUACUUCUUUUCUUUCUGGAAUCAGGUCUUGGAGACCCCCUGGAUGACUACGUGAAUACCCAGGGGGCGUCUCUGUUAAGCCUCACCAAGAAGCAGCUGGCAGCAGGAAGCAUAGAGGAAUGUGCAGCAAGAUGUGAGGAGGAAAGAGGGUUCAUUUGCAGGUCAUUCCAAUAUCACAGUAAAGAGCAGCAAUGUGUGAUCAUGGCUGAAAACAGCAAGAAUUCGCCUGUCUUCAGGAUGAGAGAUGUGGUUUUAUUUGAAAAGAAGAUCUAUCUUUCAGAGUGCAAGACUGGAAACGGGAAGAGCUACAGGGGGACAAUGUCCAAGACGAAGAAAGGUGUCACCUGUCAAAAAUGGAGUGACAGCGCUCCGCACACACCUAACUACUCACCUGAUAAGUACCCUUUGGAGGGGCUGGAAGAGAACUACUGCAGGAACCCCGACAAUGAUGAGAAAGGACCCUGGUGCUACACCACGGACCCCAACGUGAGGUUCGACUACUGCAACAUUCCAGAGUGUGAAGAUGAAUGUAUGCACUGCAGUGGAGAAAACUACGAGGGCAAAAUUUCCAAGACUGUCUCUGGAAUCGAAUGCCAGUCCUGGAACUCUCAAACCCCACACGCCCAUGGGUAUAUUCCGGCCAAGUUUCCAAGCAAGAACUUGAGGAUGAAUUACUGCCGUAACCCCGACGGGGAGCCCCGCCCAUGGUGUUUCACCACAGACCCCAACAAACGCUGGGAGUUCUGUGACAUCCCGCGCUGUACAACACCACCACCAGCUUCUGGCCCAACGUAUCAGUGCCUGAAAGGCAAAGGUGAAAACUACCGAGGGCAGGUGUCUGUCACUGUGUCUGGACAUACUUGUCAGCGCUGGAGCGAACAGACCCCUCACAAGCACAACAGGACCCCUGAAAACUUCCCUUGCAAAAAUUUGGAAGAAAACUACUGUCGCAACCCUGAUGGAGAAACAUCUCCGUGGUGCUACACAACCGACAGCGAAGUGAGGUGGGAGCACUGCACGAUCCCGUCCUGUGAGUCCUCUCCAGCGUCCUCAGAACAACUGGAUACUCCAGUACCACCUGAACAGACUCCUGUGGUCCAGGAGUGUUACCAGGGCAAUGGACAGAGUUACCGAGGCACGUCAUCUACCACAAUCACGGGAAAGAAGUGUCAGUCUUGGUCAUCUAUGGUACCGCAUCGACAUUCGAAGACCCCAGAACACUACCCAGAAGCGGGCCUGACGAUGAACUACUGCAGGAACCCGGAUGGCGACAAGAGCCCUUGGUGUUACACCACUGACCCGAGUGUCCGCUGGGAAUUCUGUAACUUGAAAAAAUGUCCAGACCGAGAAGAUAGUGCCGCCAAUUCCCCGACCGUUCCCCAGGUUCCGAGUGCAGAGGAACCUUCCGAGUCAGACUGCAUGUUUGGGAAUGGCAAAGGAUACCGGGGCAAGAAGGCGACCACCGUUACGGGCAUCCCCUGCCAGGAGUGGGCUGCCCAGGAGCCCCACAGACACAGUAUUUUCACGCCCAAGACAAAUCCACAGGCAGGUCUGGAGAAAAACUACUGCCGCAAUCCUGAUGGCGAUGUCAAUGGUCCUUGGUGCUACACCACGAGUCCAAGGAAACUCUUUGACUACUGUGAUGUCCCUCUAUGUGCCUCCGGUUCAUUUGACUGUGGGAAGCCCCAGGUGGAGCCGAAGAAAUGUCCGGGAAGGGUUGUAGGUGGAUGUGUGGCCAACCCACAUUCUUGGCCCUGGCAAAUCAGCCUUAGAACAAGAUUUGGAAAGCACUUCUGUGGAGGUACUUUAAUAGCCCCAGAGUGGGUGUUGACAGCUGCCCACUGCUUGGAGAGAUCCUCAAGGCCUGCAGCGUAUAAGGUCAUCCUGGGUGCGCACCAAGAAAGAAAUCUUGAAACGGAUGUUCAGGAUAUAGAGGUGUCCAAGCUGUUCUUGGAGCCGACACGUGCCGACAUCGCCUUGCUGAAGCUAAGCAGGCCUGCCGUCAUCACCCCCAAAGUGAUCCCAGCUUGUCUGCCCCCUGCAAAUUAUGUGGUUGCUGACCGGACAUUAUGUUACAUCACUGGCUGGGGAGAAACCCAAGGGACCUUUGGCGCGGGGCUCCUCAAGGAAGCCCAGCUCCCUGUGAUUGAAAAUAAGGUGUGCAAUCGCUACGAGUACCUCGGCGGAAGGGUCAAGUCCUCAGAGCUCUGUGCCGGGGAUUUGGCUGGAGGCACCGACAGUUGUCAGGGUGACAGUGGAGGGCCUCUGGUUUGCUUUGAGAAGGACAAGUACAUUUUACAAGGAGUCACCUCUUGGGGUCUUGGCUGUGCCCGCCCCAAUAAGCCUGGUGUCUAUGUUCGUGUUUCAAGUUUUGUUACUUGGAUUGAAGGAAUCAUGAGAAAUAAUUAACUGGAUGGGAGACAGAGCAAAGCGUCUACACUUCUAGAAGCUGGAGCAUGGGCAGGGAAUUUGUCAUGCUCAGAAAUGAUUGACAGUAAUCAAACCAAGAGACUGUCCUUAUAUUGCCCACUGCUAAGCCUCAACAGUCUUUCCAUAUUAUUGUGGAUAAAUCGUUCCUGUCCGUGGACUGCUGGAUUCUGUAAGAAUAAAGUAACAACACAUUUAUAACCUGUGUUGAAAAUAAACUCUGUACUUCCUUUGACUUAA